AUACAAACCUGCCGCCUAUGGGCGAGGGGCAGAAAUCCGACUUUCACCCUCCGGACUCGCUUGCUCUCGAAUACCCCGUCCCGCCCCACGUCCGCCAGAAGGCGUCGCUGCGGAGGAAGCAGCUUUCUGCCCGGGCGAGACUUGGAACGGUCAGACACUGGAGUCGGGGGUGUGGCGCGUUCGGUUGUGACGCAAUAAGGAGGGGCGGGGCUUCCCGGCAGAAUUGCUACUUUCCAGCUGGCCGGCGCCUUUCAUUCACAACAGAGCCCAGCGGGGCCGGGUUAGGCUCACUUUCCUGCUUUUUUGGACGUGUCUCUAGGGUAUUGCAAGGGCGGGUCCACUGCGGGCUACACCUGGGAAGACGCUUCAGCAGGUUCGUUCUGUGGCUUGUUGCAGUCAUCUGCCCUCAGGAUGAAGAGGAACCUGGUCUGCUGGUCGCUCGUCGUCUUCCUCGUACUGUUGAGCCAGCACCAGGCAUGGGCGCUGGCGUGUGGGGAGCAGGAAUACUGGACUGUGGAGGGGGACUGUGCCCCCUGUGUGGAGUGUCCCCCCGGAGAGGAGCCCGACAGGAAGUGCGGCUCUGGGCAAGGCCUAGGCGUGACCUGUCGAGCCUGCUCUCCGGGCACCUUCUCGACCAGCCAUGGCACGAUGCCCUGCUUGCCUCAGACCACCUGUGAGACCAGGAAGAGGGUCCACGCCAGCCCUGGGACAGCUGUAGCAGACAGCCGGUGUGGAGGCUGCAUGCCAGGCUUUUACAUCCCUGAAGGAGAGAUGGACCCAACAGCCGAAUGCCUGCCAUGCUCCUCUGCUCCCAAAGGCAUGCUGGGCUGCACAGGUGUGACGCCAUGGCUGACCCGGCUGGCGAGGAACGUUGAGGCCCUGCACAGACGGGACGAGAGGGCGGCGUCCAAUGGCACGCGGGACGGGAAGCGGGAGGAACACGCCACGCAGUACGCUGUGCUGGCCAUCGUACCAGUCUUCUGCGUCAUGGGGCUGCUGGGCAUCCUCUUCUGCAACCUCCUUAAGAAGAAGGGCUACCACUGCACAGCUCACAAGGAGAGCGACGAGGAGGUGGCGAAGGCGGAAAGAGCCGGUAAUAACUCAGCCUACAGAAUAGAAGAUCCCAACCAAGAUACCAUCGGGGUCCUUGUGCAGCUGAUCACGGAGAAGAAAGAGAACGCUGCUGCCCUGGAGGAGCUGCUGAAGGAGUACCAGAGCAAACAGGUGGUGCAGACCAGCCACAAGCCUGCCACCAGCAGGCUGCAUUUUCUACCGCACAUCCCCCACAUCUGCCGGCACCAGCACCACCUGCACACAGUGCAAGGCCUGGCCACUUGCUCAGGCCCCAGCUGCACCCGCUGCUGCCAGAAGAAGUGGCCGGAAGUGCUGCUCUCUCCGGAAGCUGCCGCCACUGCCGCAGCCACCAGUAUCCCGAGUCCCGCCAGCAACAUCCCCAAGCCGGCAAAGCCAGGCGGCAAGGCCAGCCGGCCGGGGGAGAUCACCAUCCUCUCUGUGGGCAGGUUCCGAGUGGCUUGCAUCCCCGAGCAGAAGCCCAGCCCUCCAGAAGUGAAAACCAUCUUGGAGUGUAGUGGGGCUGAGCCGGCCGACUCCCCCCGCAGCGGCCUCCCUGCUGAGCAGAAAUCGCUGGUGGGCAACGGAGCCAGGUCGAAAUGGCUGAAAACGGCUGAUAGCCAACAAGAGGUGAUCAUCUGACUCCCUUGUGCACCAGGAGACCUGAGAAGCGGCUCAUUUGGAGGCUUCUGGUUGAAUAGUCCACCCAAGAAAUGCACACCCUGGGCGAUGCUGAAGGCGAAGAGCAACACUCAUUUUCCCCUCGGGAGAGCUCCACCACCCCGGAGAACCUCAAGGCACAGGCCCGGGCUGGCAGGGAGGAGCUGAAGGACACGCCCAGCAUCUCAACACAUUUUUCUUUUAGGGAAG